GCAUAAACGCGGUUGCAGACGUCACAUACGCCGUGGCUCAGUACUCUCAGGGUCGGCGAAAGAACGAUCAGAUCCGUCUGUCAAUUGGCGUUGACUACGGCGAUGUCUAUGUCCUGCAGUCCGACACAGUGGGCGCCGCAGUGGACCUUGCCUUUGAG